UCGUAAAUAUUCCAGAGGAAGUAUCAGUAUUUAUAAAAAUGAAAAGAAAUGGUAUGUGUCGAGACACGCAAGUGGACAAGAUUACUGAGGAGACAACAUUCUUCAUUACAGACCCUAAAAGGCAACAAAGUACAUUACCACAAUCUACAGGCUUUAGCUUUUGGUUCAGUCCCAUAAAACAGUGAAAAAGAGGGGCAAAAAAGAGGAGGGGCAUUACGGAGAUCUCAUGGGUCAUAUCAUUAAUUAUUUAUUAUAUUUUAGCCCCAAGCAACAGAUUUAAUUCCAAAUGGAUCACCCUUUUACCUUUUUCCCUCGACAAGCACCUUUUUGCCUCUUUCUGCACCUACAAUUGCUUGCUAAUUUCAGCUACCCCAUGCCUCCUUUCUCAAGUUUUCUCAUAUUCUUCCUUCUCUCCUGGAUCCAAGAAAGCCACGAUUCUUCAAGUAUUUGUUUUAUAUAUAAGAUGCAAAAUACAAGGACAAAAUUCUUCACACCAACCCCAUUCUUCUCUUGUUUUUUGUAUCUUAGCUUCUCCAGACUUGACAUUGAUCCAAACCAAGAACACAGCAAAUCAAGCAUAGAAGCCAACCUGCAGAAAUGGGUGCUAGGAGUCUUUGGCACCUGACCUUGCUCUCCUUCUGUCUUUUAUUCAGUUCAGGAACAGGGAUAGCCAGAAUAUUAGGAGAUGAAGAAAACCAGGGAAUCUUCUCAUCAUCUGAAUUUGAAACUCUGCCGGAUGGAGUUCCUGUCGUCAAUCCAACAACUCCGGGCACAGCAAAUCCAUCUCCUUUGGCAAACCCAACAUCACCUCAAGCACCAGAUACAACAGGGCAAACCCCAACAACACCAUAUAUGCCCCCCUUAUCCCCAGACUCACCCAUGACAACCCCAACCACACCUCCAGCCAAUCCAACCAUAUCCCCAACCAAUCCAACUGCACCUCCGACUGACUCAAGUGCACCUCCGGCCAACCCAACUGCACCUCCGGCCAUUCCAACAGCACCUCCAGCCAACCCAACCACAACUCCAACAAGCCCAACCACAAACAGUCCUGCAUCUUCAGGUGGUCAAUGGUGUGUUGCAAGCCAAACGGCUUCAGAAACUGCUUUACAAGUGGCUCUUGACUUUGCUUGUGGCUAUGGAGGUGCUGAUUGUUCUGCAAUUCAAGCAGGGGCAAGUUGUUAUAAUCCAAACACCGUUCGUGACCAUGCUUCUUAUGCAUUCAAUGAAUAUUACCAGAAGAAUCCAGCACCUACAAGCUGUUCAUUUGGAGGAAUAGCACAGCUUACAAACAAGGACCCAAGUACUGGGAACUGCCACUAUUCAUCAACAAAAUCACAAGGCAUGAGUCCACCAACAAAUCAAAGCCCGCUGACAAAUCAAAGCCCUCUUAACCAAUCCAGUCCAAUGAGUACAACUCCUCCAAGUGUGUCAAUGCCUGGUGGAUCAACAAUACUUGGUUCAGAACCAACACAAAGCCCCAGCUUAGCCUCAGCUCCCUCUUAUUCCUUGCUGCUGAUGUUCACCAUGUGCAGCCUCUGGGCUUCGGUCCUCACAGAGAAUAUUAUCUAGACCAUAUACAUGGUGCAGUCACCGUUUCGAAAUGAGCUGGAAUUCACGUAGCAUGCCGGCAUUCUCUUGAGACUUCGAGGAGGCAGAAGGUCAAUAAUUCCAUUUGUUAUUUGAAGUCUUGCUGUUUAAGUUAGUACUACCUUUGAGCUAUAUAUGUCCAUUAGUUGAUCAUAAAGCCCAAAAAAGUAGUAGAACAAAAGAUUAUAGGUGUUGUAAACAGAUUUUCUAUAGUAUUAGCAUAAUAAUAAAUUGCUAGACAGUCUAUUUUCUCUUGGAAUAUUUCUUCCAUAGAGAAACUCUGAAGCUUAUAUUGGCUAUAAUAUAAUUAUUUAUAGAGCCAAGAGCCAUUUUAAAGGAAUUAUUCAGCAAUCAGUCUAAAACAAGACCAUAAUUGUAGACAAGGAUGUUCAGAAGACUAGCUCCAAGGAAUCUAACUCAUCCACGACAGUAAUAUAUGAAAAUGUCAUGUAACUACGUCAUUGGGCAUCAUAUAAACAUGGUUCGAUGAGGAUAAUUUUCACCUGCUAAAAGUGAGAAAAUUUGCAUGGAGAAACCAAAAAUUUAAAUAUAAGAGAUAAUAGAUGUCAACUCUUGAGUAAAAGGUAAUGAUUCUAUAUAUUCGCCCUCUUUGAGUAUUUAUUUGUGGAAGCGGAUGCUUACCUUAAAGUCAAAAUGCAAUACUGAUUCAUCUCAUCAUAUUUUUCAAGAUUAUUUCCACGAUCAAGUAAUAUGCCCAUGAAAUAUUAACACAUUCAAAAAACAACAGAGCAUUGUUCUGCGAACCCAGGAUAACAUCCACUCAGAAGGAUUACAAUCUUAACAAAUGAGAAAGCUGGAGUUCAGAGAGCACCUGAACUAGGUGCACUAGACUUCUAAUAAAAAGCACUAGAGCAGUACAAGUGAGUUUAACAAUCCUAAAGUUUUGAGGGCAGGGAGAUGUGCCAAGUUACAAACAGCCGUUAAACAAGUCAGAUUAACAUUAAAUAUUGAAGAGUAAUGAAAAUACAUGUGGCUUUGUAGUCAUUUAUAGAGUCCAAUACUAGUAAAAACUAUUACAUUAUAAAGAACAACAUUGGGCAUUUAUUCACUUUUUUCUACAGCUAUGCCACUCAGAUAUAUUUCUA